AUGGCCAGCUUUACUGCACUGAUGUCAAGCUCGACUAAACUUUCGGAAGGCUGGUCACUGAGGGCGUCUAAGAAAUCAAAGCAUUUCAACGAAAACCAAAAGAAUUAUCUCGAUGAAGAGUUCAAACUUGGCCAGGAGACUUGUUACAAAGAAGAUCCAUCCCAAGUUGCGAGUGAUAUGCGUCGCGCUAAAAAUGAAAACGGAGAGCGUCGAUUUGCUGUUGGCGAGUUUUUAUCACCACAGCAGAUAAAGUCGUAUUUCUCAAGGUCAGCAGUAAAGAUCAAACAGGCGGAUCGGUGGCAGAGAUCGAUGUACCAGCCAUUGAUGAAGAAAUGGCAUACUCCUCAGCUCAUGACAAGAUAA